ACACAUAGGUACAUUCCCCCGUGUAGGGACGGGUCAAGAAUAUCCUUAUGGUACCCUCUGCCUGUCGUAAAAGGCGACUAAAAGAGGACCAGGCAAGCGCGGAGGCCUAGAUAGCAGCCCUAUCACCGUGAUAUAUCUGGCAUGGCUGGUAACCAAGUCAGACGAAAAUCAACCUUACUCAAAACUCACAAACAACAGAAAACGGAUGGAACUAUGGAAUCCCAGGCGGAGGUGAACCCCUGGUUAAAAUAAAAACACACGCUAACGAAAGGAAAUACUUACAAAUUCGGAAAUUGGAGAAAUCAUGUCAAAAGGAUGGAGGAAACAAGAUCACCAAAACAGGUCCUUCAAUAUACACACGGGGAAGAGAAGCAGAUGAGGGAGACCAAGGAGGAAACUCACGGAUACCUCAGGCUCAUACUCAACAGGUUCCACACCGCAGCAGACAGGCCAACAGGCCUACUGCUUAUAAGGAAACGACGACGACGACAUAGGUACAUUACAUACAUGUAAAUUUUUUCUCACCCAAAAGUUUAGACGGCGGACGUGGGCAUAUUAUUAAUCUACCUUUAAUACUUCACUGCGCCUAAAGAAGUCGUACAUUACAUAGGUAUACUUAUGAGGAUUAGCACUCGAACUACUCGUGUUUUAUCGCUAGGUAUAUUAUCUUUGAUAAAUGGAAAAAUUAAUUAUUGUCUCAAUGAAACUCUAGACGAUAGGUAAAUUAUGUGUACAAUUCAAAUUUUGAAUUCUAUAUUGAAGUAUCCAUAUACGAACAUACAUACUUACAUAUGUGCAAGUUUUCAACAAGCUUUAAUUUAUUUGAUGGAUAAUCCAAUCAGUCGAUAUUAUCGCAAAAACAUUUAUUCAAUUACUUCAUUGUGAAAAUGAACUUACGACAUUCUCACACAAAAUUCACGACGUAUCACGUGCAUUUAAACAAAUAAAUUUUGAAAACCGAGUGAUGAAAGAUCUCGUAUCAAAUUUCAAUCAACUCAAUUUCAUCAAGUAGGUAAACGUAACUACAAAUGUAUGUAUGUAUGUAUGUAUGUACAAUUUGCAAAAUAACACGUUACUUACGCCGGGUUUUCCUGUUACUGUUACUAGACUUUAAACCGCAUUAUUGAGAUUACAUUCUGCUACUGACUACCUACCAUACAAUAUUUUUUCAAGUUGAAGAAAUUGAAGUUAUAGGUGCAUCCUAUCCUAUGAACCUAGAGAAAUAGAAAUCAUCAAAAAAAAGAAUAGCAACUAAAACAACUAAUCCCUAAAAAAAAAAAGAACCAACUCGAUUCCACGUUUCUCAGAUUGCUCACUACAGUUUAUUUGAGGGCACAUACAAAAAGAGACAGCUUGACCAAAAAAUCAACAAAAAAAUUCACCAAAUUUUCGUAGAUAAAAGUUUUAUGGAAAUCGAAUGGAACUUCUAACUGACCCCAAUUUCCAAGAUUUCAGUUUUAAGCGAAGCAUGGCAAAAGUUGGAUCACUUAAAAAAGGUCAUAAAAUAGUACCUACAAAAAAAUAUAUCUAAGUACAUUGUUGUUGUGCAAAAUUACCUAUUUGACUUGAAACGAUUUAUUCCUCAAAAUUUUAUAAUCAGAAAAGGGGGGAAAAUAAAAAAAUAUAGGUAUAUAUAUACAAAAAAAAAUGGAAAAACGACAUAAAAUCAUUUUCAAACAAUUUUUUCGAAAACAAUAUUAAAUGUCUAUAAGCACGUAAAGGGGAAAAUUACCUCGAGCGUUAAACAGCGAAUAUUGUGGAAAUGUUUUCAAAAUGAAGUCAUUGUUUAAUCCCAGCAAACUAAUAAUUGUCGCGUCUGACACUCUCCAUCAAUGGCAAAAUACCUAAGUGGGUAUUAAUCCUGACUAGUCAUACAAAACAGGCUAGCUUUGCCAGUUACUGGCUAUAGAUAUGUACGUGUGAUAGAAAAACGGAUCAGACAAGUAGUAUUCAUUACAUUUUCAUGUGAUUUGCACAAAUAACAGAUCUCUUACGUAUUUGCUACACAUACUUCGGUAGUUUACCAUGAGUUAAUUGACGGAAAAUUAUGAAUUAGAUAUCUACCUAUACCAAGAACGGUUACCAUACACCUAUUACCUAACAACACUAAUCCUAUCCAAGUGCUUGAGCGUAGGAGCUCGAGUGCCUGACACUUGUUAAUUACGCGUAUGUAAAUUUUUUAUCUCGAGUUUUAUAUUUUUUGGAGAACCGAGACCUUAAAAACAAUUAAAAGCACCCGAAAGUAAGCACUUAUAAUUAUUUCACAUUAUAUAUAACGUCGAAUGGAUCGUCAUAAUUCUUCAUAGUUUUAAUUCUUGUGACGGGUGAAUCGACACAAGGAAAAAUGUUGGACGCGAAUUUGAAAUUAGCGAUUUUACUGCUGACGAGUUUCACCAUCGGCGAUUCUCUAGCUGGAAUAGAUACCGACUGGUGGAGACACACGACUCUAUACGAAAUUUACAUUUCUUCUUUCAAAGAUAGCAACGGAGAUGGCCUCGGAGAUAUUAAAGGGAUCACGAAAAAACUUGAUCAUUUUGUUGAUUUGAAUAUCGAAACUCUUUACAUUUCGCCAUUCUUUCGGUCACCAAUGAACGAUUUAGGAUACGAUAUCUCCGAUUAUACCGAUAUCGAUCCCAUUUUCGGAAACAUGGAAGAUUUCAAUGAAUUAAUGCGCGGAGUAAAAAGUCGAGGUUUAAAACUUAUAGCCGAUUUGGUUAUUAAUCACAGCAGUGACGAACAUCCUUGGUUUCAAAAAUCUAUCGAUAGAAUAGAUCCCUACACUGAUUAUUAUCUAUGGGUUGAUCCAAAAGGAUUCGACGUGGAAGGAAAUCCCAUUGUACCAAACAACUGGAUAAGCAUAUUUGGAGGCACCGCGUGGCAAUGGAACGAAAAAAGAAGACAAUUUUAUUUGCACCAGUUCGCUGUAAAACAACCAGAUUUCAACUUACGUAGCGCCGAAUUGAAAAAAGAAUUAAAAAAAAUCUUGAAAUUCUGGUUGGACAAAGGUGUAGCCGGUUUCAGGUUAGACGCCACCAAACACUUUGUUGAGGAUGAAUUGUUGAGAGACGAACCACUCGCAGAUCCUAAUAAUCGCGUCGUUAAAGUAUACGCGGAUUUAGAUCAUAAGUAUACAACUGACUUGUGGGAAAGUUACGAAUUCAUACACGAACUUAGAGAUUAUAUCGAUCAGUAUAGCAGGCAAAAAAGUGAAGAAUAUGAAAAAAUUUUUGUAGCCGAAGCGUACACCAAUCCCAAUAUGACGAUGGCUUACUACGGUACGGAAGAUUAUGGCAUAACUCAUUUUCCUUUCAAUUUUGGUUUUGUUGGUUUGAAUAGUUUUCUGGAUGCAUCUUCCUUUAACAAAAAAAUAUUGUACUGGUUGAAAUCGAUGCCCAAAGGAGCAACUCCAAACUGGGUGGCCGAAAAUCACGACAAUUUUAGAGUCGGUAGCAGACUAUGCGAAGAGUACAUGGACAUAGUUACCAUAACGAUAAUGAUGUUGCCAGGAGUGGCGUGUAUAUACUAUGGUCAAGAAAUCGGUAUGACGAAUAAUUUCGUUCGAAUUGAUCAAAGGAAAGAUCCAAAUAACGAUGGAACUGGCGUUACAAGAGAUGGUGAAAGACUUCCGAUGCAAUGGGACGAUACAAUGAAUUCUGGAUUCACGUCGAGGUACAAAUCCUGGCUACCAGUGCAUCCCAAUUACUGGAAAACCAACGUCGAAACGCAAAAGGCUGAAAAAAUGAGCAAAUACAACAUAUUCAAAGCGCUUUCCAAGAUCAGAAGAAGAAAAACAAUGAAAUGGGGAGAUUUUAAAUCCUACAUCGUGUCCGAAUGGGUCUAUGCAUUCGUUAGAUCGCUAAAUUCUUACGAAACGUAUGUGACCGUUUUGAACUUGGGAAGCGAAAUCGAACUAAUCGAUUUGCACGAUGUGAUCUCCGAAUUGCCAGAAAAUUUAGAAGUUGCCGUAGCCAGUGUUAAUGCCGGGUAUCAAAGCGGAGAUCAAAUUCGAAGCGUACCAAAGUUUCCAAAAAUUUUCACAAUGAGGCCGUUAUCAGCCAUCGUUCUAUCAACCAAAACUCAAGCAAGGCCUGCGAAUUCGAAUUUCGGGACAGAAUUACUUGAUCCUAGAAAAAGCGUAGCUGAAAUUUAAUACUCGAUAUGAUUUUAUUUCCAUCUGUAUAUUCAGUCUCUCUUUCUUCUUUGCCCAAUAGUACCUACCUGUUAUUUAAAAACUGCGCAUCUAUUUUAGCCGCGUAAACAAUUUUCUAUGAUACCAUUUUUUAAAACAAUAGGUUUAAUUAGAAAGAGAAGAGAGGGAGACUGCAGACACACGGAAAACAAGUAGGUACUUAUCACAUAGGUACCUACUUAUGAAUUGCAUUAGUUCCUAAAAUAUGUAGUAGGUAUUAAGUGUACAAAUAUAUCUAUGCACCAAGUACAUAUCUCGGAACAGAAUUACGAGUAUUACUUGAUCUCACGUCAGAAGUAGAAUAGGAAUCUAAUAGCCAUUUAGGUAAAUCGAUUCAUUCCAAUCGGCAUGCAGUCUCUCUCUCUUUUUUACCUAAUUGAUCCUGUUGUUUAAAAAAUGAUAUCAUAGAAAAUUGUUUACGCGGCUAAAAUAAAUGCAUCCAUCUACUUUAGUCGUGUAAACGAUUUUCUGUGAUAUCAUUUUUUAAAACAAAAGCUCUAAUUAGGCAGAGAAGAGAGGGAGACUGCAGACAAGCGGAAAACAAGUACCUACCAAAUACUUAUGAAUUGCAUCAGUAUUGAUAUGAUAUAUGUAUUAUGUAAAUUAACAUCUACAUCAUAUUAUGUACCUACGUAUAUUUUGUAUUUCACAAAUUCACGCGAUUAAUGUAUGCGCAACAUGAAGUGUUUUGUCUGCUCAGUGCUCAUGCUCGCAUAUUCGAAAUCGACAUCACAAGUGAAGUGACCCUCUUCUAAACAAAUACAUCGAUUUCGAAACCAUUA